AUGCCCGCCCACAAACUCUACUAUAUUUCCGGCGAGUGUUCCCAAGCAGUGCACAUAGUGCUCCGCGAAUGCGGAGCUGAAUACAGCCUGUCCGCCGAAAAAGUAGGAACAAACGACUUCUCCCCCGAGCUGCUCGCCCUGAACCCGAAAAAGAAGGUUCCGGUACUGGUUAUCGACAAGACCACCGUGCUAACCGAAGUCCCCGCGAUAAUGACCUACCUCUCGCAACUCGCGCCCGAGAAAAACCUGCUCGGCUCAACGCCCAUGGAAACCGUCCGCGCGUACGAAUGGAUGAACUGGCUCUCGGGCACGCUGCACGCGCAGGGCUGGAGGCUCUUUUGCUUCCCGGAGCGGUUUCUCGAAGAUGAAUCCCUGGGCACUGCGAGGGAGGCGUUGAAGGGGAAGGGGCGGGAUAUUAUCAAGGAUUGUUAUGCUACCAUUGAGUCCAGACUGAAGGAUGGCCAGAUCCACGCAGUGGGCGACGCAUUCACGGCUGUGGAUGCUUAUCUGUUUGUUUUCUUUCGGUGGGGGUCCAGAGCGGAGAUUGAUAUGGAGGCUUUGUAUCCGAGAUAUGCCGCUUUGGCGGGGAGGGUGUGGGCGAGGGACGCUGUUAAGGAGGUUCUUGCUGCAGAGGGAUUUUAG